GUGUAAUAAACUGAACAUAAGAAAAUACUUCACUAAAAGCAAGUCUAAAUGGACUCCUUUAUUCUCCUAUUCACACUGCUUUAUCUAAAAGCAGAUUUCAGUGACGGUGUUCUGAUCACUCAAUGGCCGAAAUACAUAUCCAGUCUCCCAGGCUCCUCAGUGGAAAUGCACUGUUACCAGAAUGAUACAGACUAUGAUUACAAAUACUGGUACAGACAAAUAAAAGGUGAAGGACCAGUGCUUAUUGGGAACUACAAUUUUAACUCUCCCACUUAUGAGCAGGGUUUUGACACCAGCUUCACAAUGUCAGGUACAGAGACAAAGCACUGGACCCUGAAAGUGAAUGUCAAGGAGGGGAUUGAUGCUGUGUAUCUGUGUGCUGCUAGUUACACACAUAGAAUCAAUGUGAACAACUACGACCCUGCAUACUUUGGUAAUGGCACCAAACUCACAGUACUAGUAUCUAAUGAUGUCAAAAAACCAGAAGUAAAAAUUCUAAAUGUGACGGGCUGUACGGAAAAGGUCACUCUUGUGUGUGUGGCCGAAAACUUCUACCCAGACCAUGUGAGCAUACAAUGGUCAAUUGGAAGCAAGAUUAUAACAGAGGAUGUAGCGACAGACCCUUAUGCCACCCAAUACAAUGAGACAAUGUUCCGCAUAUCCAGCAGACUUAAAGUCCUUAAAAAAGAAUUCACAACAAAAUACACAUACAAUUGUACAGUGACCUUCUACAAUGGAACAGUUUAUCAGUACGAAAGUGCUAAUAUUACUGGAACUGGAGGGGGUGCAUAUGAACCAGAAGAUUAUUUAAAAUCAUCAAAGACGAUUAAGCUGGCAUACGGUGUGUUCAUUGCUAAGAGUGCACUGUAUGGCCUUGUCAUCUUUGUGUUCGUCUGGCGAAAGAUUAAUCUUCCUAAUUUUCUGCUUUCAAUCUUUCUUUCUGAAGCUGCAAACAUCACUCUACCUAAAGUCAAGAUCCUACCACCGUCUCCAAAAGAGAUCUGUUCCCAGGACAAGUCAAAUGAUAAAGGUUUAACUUUAGUGUGUGUGGCCUCAGGCUUUUAUCCCGAUCAUGUGAGUAUGUUCUGGAAAGUGAAUGGCAUAGAGAGACAGGACAGUGUAUCUACUGACACCUCAGCCCGACAGGACAAGACAACAUUGAUGUACCACAUCAGCAGCAGAAUAAAAGUCAAUGAAACUGACUGGAUGGAUCCCAAGAGUAACUUCACCUGUACCAUCAAAUUCUUCAACGGAAAGGAAGAUGUCAAUGUCACAACCACCAUAACCGGUCAAAAAGUGAAGCCGAAAGGAUUGAAACUGCUUGGCUUUGGCUACAUCCUAUUCCUCUGCAAAAGUCUGCUGUAUGCGCUGGCUGUGGCUGGUGUGGUGUGCAAACUAAAGCGAAUUAAGAAGAAACAAUUACCAGAAGACUGAGAUACGUUGACAAUUUGUCACAGGCCAGAAGUGACUCUCUUUAUUAUUUACAAGCUGUGUAAAAUAUCUGUGUAUUGCCAACAAUUUACUAGAUUCAUGUGUCUUAUAUUUGUGUAUGCGACAUCAAAUCACACAUAUUAUAAAUGUUUUUCAAAGCUUUAAAAGGGGUUAGUGACUUGAGUUACAAUAAAAUGCUAAUUAAGUAGAAUGAUAUAAACAGUUUCGGGUUCUAUUUUUGUGCUAUGACUAAAACAUUCUACAUUUACGUAAUUUGAAGGCUUUGUUUUAUGAGAAACAGGAUAUUUGCAUGUUUUUUUUUUUUUUUCAUUGGAAAAUCAGCACCUUUGGAAAGUGUGGGUUGUUAUCUCAGUUAUGUAAGAAUCUUCCACUGCAAUAAGAAACAUAAGACUUUUCAUGUAUACUGAGACAUCUACAUUUCUCAUAAUGAUUUUUGAAGCUUUUCUACAAUUCCUGGAACAAGCCAUCUACAAAGUAGUACUGCAACUGAACAAUGUGACUGAACCUGAAAAUAACAGCACUGUCUUGAUUUUGUUAAUGCAUUUACAUUUUUUUAAUAAAUAAAUAAAUAAU